GGCUCUGGUGUGGCCUGAGCUCAUUAUCUGAGGGUUAUCUGCCAUUUCUGGCCAAGGGUGGACCUGGUUGGACUUUGGCUAGAAGAUUCCUUUGCUCCUGGAGGCUGUGCAGCUUCUAUCUCUGGGUUUCCUGGACAGAUCGCAAAUCCACUGUGGCUGUGUGCGUGUUCCAGCCUCGAAGCUUGAUCAAGAACAGCUGAGAGCCCUUUUUUGGCUGAAUUCCAGCAAGGUGGUGAGGUCCGACUGAAGAACACUCAGCCAGAGUAACCAUGCCACCCGCCAUUGGUGGACCUGUGGGUUACACUCCUCCCGAGGGUGGCUGGGGUUGGGCUGUCGUGGCGGGAGCCUUCAUCUCCAUCGGCUUCUCCUACGCCUUCCCCAAGUCCAUCACGGUAUUCUUCAAAGAGAUUGAGGUCAUCUUCGGGGCCACCAGCAGCCAGGUCUCUUGGAUCUCCUCCAUCAUGCUGGCUGUCAUGUACGCUGGGGGUCCAAUAAGCAGUAUCCUGGUGAACAAGUACGGCAGUCGUCCAAUCAUGAUUAUCGGGGGCUGUCUGGCCGGCAGCGGGCUGGUGGCUGCCUCGUUUUGCAGCACCGUGGAGGGGCUCUACUUCUGUGUUGGGGUGAUUGGAGGUUUAGGGUUGGCUUUCAAUCUCAAUCCGGCGCUCACCAUGAUCGGAAAGUACUUCUACAAGCGGAGGCCCAUCGCCAACGGCAUCGCGAUGGCGGGCAGCCCCGUCUUCCUGUCCACUCUCGCCCCCCUCAACACUUGGUUCUUCGACCAGUUCGGCUGGAGAGGAAGUUUCUUAAUCCUGGGGGGGCUUCUGCUCAACUGUUGUGUGGCCGGGUCCCUCAUGAGACCCAUCGGACCCAAGCCGGCUCCGGAGCCGUCCCAGGACAAGGGCGACACCAGGGUGGAUGGGAAGUCCGUGGAGCAGAAGACCUUAAUGCAGAGGAUCAACUCUGUCAUCGACCUCUCCCUCUUUGCCCAUCGGGGUUUCCUGCUCUACAUCCUUGGGAACGUCAUCAUGUUCUUUGGCCUCUUUGCCCCGUUGGUCUUCCUCAGUAAUUAUGCCAAGAGCAAAGACAUCCCCAAAGACAAGGCCGCCUUUCUGCUCUCUAUUCUGGCCUUUGUGGACAUGGUGGCCCGACCCUCGAUGGGAAUCGUGGCCAAUACUCGAUGGGUCCGGCCCCGCGUGCAGUACUUCUUUGCCGCCUCGAUCCUGUACAACGGCGUGUGCCACAUUCUGGCUCCGCUUUCUGAAGACUACACAGGCUUCGUGGUCUAUUCCAUCUUCUUCGGCUUCGCCUUCGGGUGGCUGAGCUCCGUGCUGUUCGAGACGCUGAUGGACCUGGUCGGGGCACAGCGGUUCUCCAGUGCGGUGGGUCUGGUGACCAUCGUGGAGUGCGGACCCGUGCUGCUGGGCCCUCCUGUCCUGGGCCGGUUUAAUGACAUCUACCAUGACUACAAGUACACAUACUAUGGCUGUGGAAUCAUUCUGAUGGUGGCCAGCGUUUUCCUGUUUGUGGGAAUGGGCAUCAACUACAGGCUCUUAGACCGGGAGAAGCGGGAGGAGGAGAGGCUGGAAAAACUGGCAGGCGAGGACGGGAACCGAGCCGAGAAGGAGAAACGGGAAGACGACGUGAACACGCCUCUCAAAGCCAGCGACCCUGACAAAAUGGCUGAGGAAGCAGUGUGAUGGCAAAGAUUCCGCGAACAUGGGGAUUUGUGUGUGAAUUUGAAUAGGUUGUAUUUCCACUUGGGUUCAGCAGAUGGCAGCAUUUCUUAAAGGGGAAAAAAAAAACCUAUGCUCUCCAGAAUCAAUGUCUAUCACUGUGAGAUGCAUUGUAAUAAUAUAACAUUCCUGCAAUAUGGCAAAAUGUUACGGGGGUCGGGGAUAAAUAUUAAGCAGCCCAACCCCCCUUCACUUUAUCAGUGGUCCUCAAACUACCUGCAUAUGUAUGCAAAUGAGAAGGUUAUGUGUGGGUUUUCCUUUAUUGGGAGGGGCAGAGGAUGUCACAGAGCCUGUAGCCUUUUGACUUGUUGCACACGUGUUUAUCUUGUAGCCCACAUGAGAUGAUGUUCCAUCUCAACUAACUAUAUGUAGAUUUGCACUCCACUUACGGUGGGUCCUUUCCAGCGUCCUGUGCACACGUAUGAUAGUUGUCCCUACCAGCCUGCUACCUCGCAGGACCCCUAAUCAGGUCCCUAGCUAAACUUUUUGUGCAGGGUUUUUAUUAUUUUGUAUCUUUUUUUUUUUUUUUUGCAUAGUGACAUGUCUGGCUUUUUUCAAGUCAUGAUGCAAAGCUCACCAUGAUGCAGUUUCACUCGUAAAUAAACCUAGUGGGUGGUGCAUCGACACAUUAAUGUAAAUGCACCUAGCAAAAUAACUCUGCAUACAAGUCGGCACCAGAGGAAUUCGCAGUUACCACAGUGGCCAUAAUUUUAAUAGGAAUACACAAAUUUUCUUUUCCAAUGUGGCCCUGCACAGGGGUCUUUUACAUUUUUAAAUUUCCUUUUCAUUUGUAGUUUUAAAGUGUUUCUCUUCCUCUCUUUCCUCCCCUCCCCCCAAAAAAAGUAACAGGCCACUGAUUCCCUUCUUCUGUUUUCUUUGUGUCAUGUACUGUUUCAGACAGUGUUACGCAUUUGUUCCGAUUCGUAAUUCUGGACAUUUUACCAUUGUUAAAUACUUUUGUCUAUUGUGAAUAUUGAGUGUCUGGAUUUAGGGGUUGAUAUUCAAAGCCUUCAACUGGCAUUUGCUUGGAUUGUGCUGCAAUAUCAGAACCAUUACCGCCGUGUGUGUGUGUGUGUGUGUUAAAAGGUCUAAGGUAUUUAAACUUGAGUUUCACUGCACAACACUUCACAGGAACACUUCUAGUGCUGUGUUUUCUGCCCUUUACCCCCCUCUCCUGUGCCAAUCUUUAUGAACAGGAGAGAGAAAAGUUUGCCUUGAUGUCAAGUUGCAGUCUUUAGCAGUUGGCACUAUGCUCAGUAGUGCAUCAUGGUGUAAACGAAGACUUUUUUGCCUUUGUGCCUUGGUAUCUUAUACUGUUUAUCUACAAAGCCAAAGGGUUGUUGAUGUCAAGUCCAAACUGCCUACUACAAGUUGUCAUGCCCUGGUAACAAUGACGGUAACCUUCUGGGAGCAAACGGUUUUAAUUCAACCGUGUCAAACUGAUGUAAUUGUGCACUGACAGAGAGCGGAAAUGUAAGCUAAUGUAAUUUAAGCCUGAACGUGUGUCCAGUGCUGCUGCCAGCAACUACUGCAAAUUUUAUACGUGAGAAUGUUUCCAGUUCAUGUCGAGGGUAUUGGGGUUUCUCUUUUCUUUAAGGGUUGGUCAGAAUUCCUAAAUCCGGCUGCUAAUUUAACGUCUGACUCUGCAGAAUGGAGUUUUGAUUUUAGUUGUGGAUUUCUUGGAGGUAAUCUGACCACUGCUUUUAAUGAAGGUGUGUGUUGCAGUGCACAGAGCUGGAAUCUCAUUGCAGUUUGCACAUAUGGAUUGAAGCCUCCAAAAUAAUCCAUGUUUUAACCUUUUUGCCCCUCCCUCCAAUUAGUUUUUAAUAAACGUAUUCCCUGACUUAACUGCAUGCUCACGUCAUCAUUUGAUGUAACUGCAUGAUAGUUUGUCAGUUAACAUUCAUUGGCUAUUUAAAUCCGAUGUCUUAUCAAAGAUAUCACUGAAAUAGGCCAAAACAUUUAGCCAAAGUUUCUAAUUUUACUCGACAUCAAAUCCAGAGUUAAUGGUGACUAGAAACGUUUUGCUCUGCAGUGUUGCAUUUAUUAAAGAAUAAGCUUAACUAAAACCUGGUCACUCCUAUGCUUCAGCUUCAUUUAUAUACAAUAAGGGGUUUUCUCAAUAUGUGAUGAAUAGAUUUAGAAAAUAAUUGUAACAUUUUGUAACAUUGCAUGGGACUGUUUGAGCCCUUGUAACUUAAGUAGGUCUGUUCUUGGUGACAACUUGAAUCAAAUAUUGCCUUGAAUUUAAUUCUGAAAUGUUUUACAGGUAUGUAAAAUACAUGUCUGGUUUCCUCACCUCUGUGUUUUUCUUAAAGUACUGAUGGGUCCAGACUGGAAGGAAGGGAAUUUAAGCGAUGUGCAUUUACUUCACGUUAGUUUUCCACACUCCCUAAAACUUAAGUACAUUACUGAUGGACCAUAUUUUAAAGUGUCCUGCCCAAGAACAAUGAAACAACUAUUAUCCUUGCCUACAGAUUUAGAACGAAGUAUUAAGCCUUUUGUGUAAUUCAUAUAGUAUUUUUUUGUGAAGAUCCAAUGUUUAGCUGAUAAAAUUGUAUUUUAUGCAAUAUUAAAUGAACUGACUAAAUUUG